GCGCGGAAGAGCGGAACCAGCGCACAGACCUUUGACUCCACAAGGAUACGACAGGAAAAGCAACUUUCUCUUUCUGUCAUGCGAGCAUUCUGUAAAAACGCUGUCGGAACAUGACAUCAAACUUACCAAACAGCCCCAGUUACAGCCAGCUGGACGAAAGCACGUCUGAAUACAAAACCUCAAAGGGCCAAUACAUGCUCUUCUUGAUUCUGACUUUAAUAUUAAGCACGGAGACGUUUAUCACGGCUUUUCUACUUUAUGAUUUCUCCGAGGAUAUUCACAGAACUCGUGACGGAGGCAAAGAUGGAGGGUAUCCAGUCCACUGUCUCUCCACGGAUCUUACCCAACCGACAUAUCCAGCAGGUAUCGCAAGCUGUGACUUGUUCAAUCAAGAACUGGAGCAAACCGCACAGCAGAGACUGCUGCUGGACAUACAGAAUUAUGUACUGAGAACAUUAACAGAACAUAACGUCACUGAUAUUUUCAAACCAGCUGUGCACGUCGGGGCAAAACAAGGGCUUAAACAAUAUCAAAGGCUGCAGAUAAACGACAAAAUGCCUGAACUGGAUCGCAUUCAAUGGGACAAUAUAAACGGCCAGUUCAGUCAGGAAGGAUUAAUGCGGCUGAGCCCGGAAGGAGAAAUAGAGGUGCCACAAGAUGGAAUUUACUUCGUUUUCUCUCAGAUUCAUUUCGAAACACAAUCAGGACAGAGUAUGCACUUUAACCAGUACUUAUACAAGAGGACAGGGUCCUAUCCACGACCAGUGAUGCUCGCAAAAUCUGUGUUGACUUCCUGCGCAAGCGCAAACUCUAGUGUACAGCUUUAUUCCAGUCAUCAGGGGGCGCUGUUCCGCCUAGAAAAGGGUGACAGGCUCUCAUUGUUCGUGCUGGAUAUUAGCGCCGUGCGCUUCCCACAGGAAGCCACUUAUUUCGGGGCAUUCAUGAUUAACUAAGCAAACCAGCAGAGUUUUAUUUCAGUUGGUAUCUUACAGAGAUUAUAUACUUGACAUUUGUUUACCAGAGAAAUAUUCGUAAAAUAUAUACAUACUGAAAUAAUGAAUGACACUUUUUUUAAACCACACUAAGACUAAAUGGGUUUUUUUCUGAAAUGUUUAUUGUAACUUAAAUUCUUUUGUAUGAUGAAAAUAUGAAUAACAGUUUGUUUUAAUGACAUUAAACUAUACGAGUUUAUUUUUAUUGUUAUCAG